AUGGUGGCCUUGUGUGCACCCCUGGUGCUGCAGGGAUGCUGGGCUCAGGAUGAUCUGAGCUGGGCAGGUCUGGAGGGACAAGCAUUUGCUGCCAGGCUUGCAGGCAUUGGCUCCUUUCUUUCUGGGUGGGAAUCCUGGUGUGGCUCGGGCAUUGUGACUGCAUUCCACUUGGAGCUGCUCCCACAGCGCAUGAGGGACCUGGCCUCACCAGGUCCAACUGUGAUCUCUUCUCUCCUUUUGUCUUUCAGCAAACGGGGAUUCAGCGUCCGGUCCUUUGGAACGGGGACUCAUGUGAAGCUUCCAGGACCAGCACCUGACAAGCCCAAUGUUUAUGAUUUCAAAACCACAUAUGACCAGAUGUACAAUGAUCUUCUUAGGAAAGACAAAGAACUCUACACACAGAACGGCAUUUUACACAUGCUGGACAGAAACAAGAGGAUCAAGCCUCGGCCGGAGCGAUUCCAGAACUGCAAGGACCUGUUUGACCUCAUCCUCACUUGCGAGGAGCGAGUCUACGACCAGGUGGUGGAAGAUCUGAACUCCAGAGAGCAGGAGACGUGCCAGCCGGUGCACGUGGUCAAUGUCGACAUCCAGGACAACCACGAGGAGGCCACCCUGGGCGCAUUCCUCAUCUGUGAGCUCUGCCAGUGUAUCCAGCACACGGAGGACAUGGAGAACGAGAUUGAUGAGCUGCUGCAGGAGUUCGAGGAGAAGAGUGGCCGCACCUUCCUGCACACGGUCUGCUUCUACUGACGCACCUGCCAGCGUCCUCGUGGACUCGCCACCGCCGACGCUGCCUCUCGCGGGCUCUGCCACGGCGUCACUCUUGAACUGAACCUGUGGAGUGGGGGGCGCAGACGUGCCGGGUCCGCCCGCCACGGGUUUCCGUCCCGCCUGCACCCAGGAGGGGCUGUCGACCACAGAGUAGUUUCUCACCCACAGAGAAGCUCAGGCCUCCGGGGCAUCUCCCCACAUGCCUGUGUCUGUUCCCACCCCAGGCUGGACUGUACCCACUGAAUAAAGCGCGCUUGACCCCCCGGAGA